UAACACAUAAUGACAUAAUGACAUGUGACGUGUCCCGAUGACGCAGCUCCAAUUAUACCCGAUUUUUAUAUGUAUAAAUACGCCUUAACUCCACAUUAUGUGAAAUAGAAAAAAAAACAAUUCUAUACAGAAAAAAAAGUGAAAAUCAACAGAAAAUCAAAAUGAAAUUUAACUUUCUUUUGCUCCUUUCAACCGCCCUUACUGCUGUUGCUCAACUGUCCAAUGAAACUAUGAUAAUUCAAUCAUCGGGCUCUGAUCUUUUUUGGGCAUUAGAUAAUAUUAAAGUUGUUUUAAAACCACGAGAACAAGCUGCUAACUGGACAAUUAUUCGUUAUUCUGGAGGCAAUUACAUCUUACUCUUACCCUAUGAUAUUCCUAAAAAAUCCGUCCAAUACAAUGGCCCUGGCAAACAACUCACUGUUGAAAAAAAUCUUAAUACCAAAUGGCUAUUCGAACCUGAAUCUGAACUUCCUGAAUUAAUUUGUUCCAGCAAACAAACUAAUAUGUGUGCAACAGAAGAUGAAGAGUGUAAAGUUAUUGCUUUGUAUAACGGGGCUGUCCCUAGACAGAGGUGGAUAUUUCAUAAAGUACAUUAAGAGGAUUAACAACUACUUAAUUCUUUUAAAUGCUACUCUCAUAUAUCAUAUAUUAUUAUAAUAUUGUAUUAUCAUGUAAUAUUAAUAACAUCAGGCUUUAUUUAUAACAUGUAUAUGUUGUCAAUAUAUAGCGUGAGUGUGUAACUGUGCAUUAGAAAAAAUAAAAAUAUGCUCUUAGCAUUUAUUUU